AUGGGCGCCAUCCCAGCUGCAGCUGUGCAAGUCCCACUUAAAAUUCAACUUGCGGCUAUUGAGUAUGACGUUGUCGUUAUUGGUGCUGGGCUGAGUGGUUUAGAGGCAGCUCGAAACAUCCACACUGAGCUGGACUUAGUGCCCUGGUUCUUGAGGCUAAUUCGCUCUUCUGACGAGGACCAUUGUGGAGUCCGCAACAAGCUUCUAGGACAAAGCUAUGAUUCGAAAACAAUGCAUAUCAAUAUUACGUUGCACCGUAUAUAUCUCAAGGAUGCGGUUCUGUCCGAAACCAAUUUCACUUCCAAAUCUAAGAUGUGA